UAUUAAUAAAUAUUUGUAAAUGUCAUCCGAUAGACUUAUCUAAUCAGAUAAUAGCUCGACCAGUUCUUUAAUGGAUUGGAAUAAGGCUAGUCAACUCAAUGAGAAAGAAAUUGGGUAUAAGAAGUACAAAUUUGACAGCUUGACUACAUCAUAAUUUUGGGCAUAUUGCAUGGGUCAUAUGCUUAAUGAUUUAUCAGCUGCGUGUUGGUUCAACUAUCUGUUAUUUUAUUUGAAAAGAAUAAUACAGGUCGACUUCGGCUCCUAUGCAAUGUUGUCAGGACAAGUGGCUGAUGCAUUAGCAACACCAAUGGUGGGAUAUUAUAGUGAUAGAACAAAGACAUCAAUUGGAAAGAGAAUUCCAUGGUACAUAGGGGGAUAUUUUGUGAUAAUCUUUUCAUUUUUGCCUGUUUGGAAUGGGAAUUUAAUAUUGGAUUGGAUGAAUAUGAAGGAUAACACAGUAGUAUAAGCCAUCUAUUAUACCGUAUUUCCAGCAAUCUUUAAUUUUGGUUGGGCCUCAUUACAAAUAAGCCAUAUGUCUUUGGUUCCAAGUUUAACAUGCAGUAGAUCAAGAAGAGACAAAUUAAACUCCAUAAGAAAUACAUUUUAAUUCAUAGCCGUAUUAAUAGUGUAUGUGACGGCAUUAAUAUUUUUUUAAUUGGCAAACAGUACCGAUGGCACUGAUUCAGCAUAAGCUUUUCAAUAUCUGUCAUUGAUAUGUGUGGCCAUAGGAACAGCAACAUCAGUGUUUUUCAUAUUAUAAAUAAAUGAACCUAAACUAACAUCAGACUGUUCAAAAUUUGCAAGAACUUUGUUAAGAAUUCUUAAAGAUAGAUAAAAUGGAAUUAGCAAUCCAGCCAAAGCUGCGUAGGACUAAAAGAUUACAAGAACAUAAGUUCAAGAUGAAUAAAAGAAUACAAUUUCUAGCGAUGAUUUAUAGAAAUCUACUUCUGAAUCACAAAUAGAUGGAUAAGGAAAUGUCAAAUUGACAGAUGUCGAAUUUACAGAUGAUGAAGGAGAAGGAAGUUUACAUAAAUAAAAGGCUAACCGAGGCUCUAUGUCUGAGGAUGUGCAUGAUUGGAAGUAAUAUUUUUGUUUAAAAAUUUACAGAGAAUGGUUUGGCUAAAUGGCAUUUUAUAGAUUCGGAAUGGUUUACAUGUUUUUUAGAAUGUAUUGUAAUGUUUCAUCAACUAUGAUUUCCUUUUACAUUGCAAGUGUUUUGAAGUUUACUGAUCCAGAUUCAGAAGAAGUCAAAGUCCCUAUUUAAGUUGCAUUGAUUCCUCUCUCUCUAUAUAUUAUGAGUGUUUUGACCAGUGCUUCAUUAUCGAAGUUCUAUCAAGUAUUAGGCAAGAAAGUCACAUUAACAAUUGGGACAGUUUUAUGUUUGCUUUCAUCCUCUGCUUUGAUAUUCCUAAAUGAAAAUAACUCUUACUUUAUGUAUGUAGUAUCACCAUUCAUUGGAAUUGCUCAAGCUAUCACUUUGAAUACAGGAAUUACACUUAUUAGUGAUGUGAUUGGAUUAAAGGGAUCAAGCGGUGCCUUUGUUUUUGGAGCAUAUAGUUUUCUGGAUAAGAUUUCUUCUGGAAUAGCCUUAUUCUUUUGUUCAUAUGGAAGUGUACUUGAUGAUGAAAAUUUGGUUCGUUGGUUGACUGUUCUUGUACCAUCUAUUUCUUGUUUUAUUGGUUGUGUAUUGGUUGUUACAGCCCCUACGAAAAAGCAAGAAGAGGAUGCUGAAACUGAACAGAAAGAUGAGAGACGUUCAAAAUCUUUGGUAGAUGAGUUGGCUACUUGA